CAUAAAUUUGGUUUACAAUUCAAAAUUUAUUGUUUUACAAGUCACUACUUAUUUCCAUAUGCAAAUUAGAAUCCAUACACUGUGACCAAGCAGAAUACUAUCAAACUACUAAGAUGUAUUACAAAAGAAAUGUAUUCAAUCGAGCUUACAUCAACAAUUGCUUAGCCUAAAAGUGACAACUGUGUAAAAGUGAAUAAGUUUAGUGUGAAAAUGCCUGUGAAAGUUCAAGAAAUUGAUCAAACCAAAAGUCAAUUGAUCAGGUCAAUAGAGAAGCAUCAGUUUGACUUGGCAAUUUUGAAAGAGAAAGAAGAUCGUCUGCUCGACAUAAUUAAUGUUUUAGAAGGUUUAGUUCCCUACGCUGUGGCAUGGUAUACGUGGAAAUUAUGUAUAGCUUGUACAAAACAGCCAGAAUCUAGACCUAUCUUGGAGCAAGAGGCUACAAAUACUCUGUCGAAACUAUUGAAAGCUGUAGAGGAGCUGAAGAAGGAAGUAAAACGAGUUAGAUCAUAUCAUACUAGCACGGUUCCUUUGCCGAAACAAAAAAUUCAGGUUUCGCCCGCCUCGUCAAAGUCGCAAAAUGAUUUGAUAGGAGCGUCACCAUUUAAUUACAUCGAGCCUUCUCUAAAACCAGGAUCGCAUUUUUUGUUGGACGAAUCUUCAACUAGAGUAGGAAAGCAGCCUUCGACAUCUGUACACAAUCUUCAACUAAAGGUGACACCUUUCAAGACUGAUCCAUCUGAUUAUUUGACUCCAAAAACAUCAGAGUUACCGAGUGCAAACGCUGCCAGAAAAGAACCUUUGACCCCAAAGACCUCAGAGUCACCGAAUGCAAAGCCUGCCAGAACAGAACCUCUGACUCCAAAGACCUCAGAGUCACCGAGUGCAAAAGCUGCCAGAACAGCACCUCUGUCUCCAAAGACCUCAGAGUCACCGAGUGCAAAGGCUGCCAGAACAGAACCUCUGACUCCAAAGACCUCUGAGUCACCGAGUGCAAAGGCUGCCAGAAAAGAACCUCUGACUCCAAAGACCUCAGAGCCACCGAGUGCAAAGGCUGCCAGAACAGAACCUCUGACUCCAAAGACCUCAGAGUCACCGAGUGCAAAGGCUGCCAUAACAGAACCAUGGACUCCAAAGACCUCAGAGUCACCGAGUGCAAAGGCUGCCAGAACAGAACCUCUGACUCCAAAGACCUCAGAGUCACCGAGUGCAAAGGCUGCCAUAACAGAACCACGGACUCCAAGGACCUCAGAGUCACCGAGUGCAAAGGCUGCCAGAACAGAACCACUGACUCCAAAGACCUCAGAGUCACCAAAUGAAAAGGCUGCCAGAACAGAACCUCUGACUCCAAAGACCUCAGAGUCACCGAGUGCAAAGGCUGCCAUAACAGAACAACGGACUCCAAAGACCUCAGAGUCACCGAGUGCAAAGGCUGCCAGAACAGAACCUCUGACUCCAAAGACCUCAGAGUCACUGAGUGAAAAGGCUGCCAGAAAAGAACCUCUGACUCCAAAGACCUCAGAGCCACCGAGUGCAAAGGCUGCCAGAACAGAACCUCUGACUCCAAAGACCUCAGAGUCUCCGAGUGCAAAGGCUGCUAGAACAGAACCACUGACUCCAAAGACCUCAGAGUCACCUAGUGAAAAGGCUGCCAGAACAGAACCUCUGACUCCAAAGACCUCAGAGUCACCGAGUACAAAGGCUGCCAGAACAGAACCUCUGACUCCAAAGACCUCAGAGCCACCGAGUGCAAAGGCUGCCAGAACAGAACCUCUGACUCCAAAGACCUCAGAGUCACCGAGUGCAAAGGCUGCCAGAACAGAACCUCUGACUCCAAAGGGCUCAGAGUCACCGAGUGCAAAGGCUGCCAGAACAGAACCUCUGACUCCAAAGACCUCAGAGUCGCCGAGUGCAAAGGCUGCCAGAAUAGAACCACUGACUCCAAAGACCUCAGAGUUACCGACUGCAAAGGCUGCCAGAACAGAACCUCUGACUCCAAAGACCUCAGAGUCGCCGAGUGCAAAGGCUGCCAGAAUAGAACCUCUGACUCCAAAGACCUCAGAGUCACCGAGUGCAAAGGCUGCCAGAAUAGAACCACUGACUCCAAAGACCUCAGAGUCACCGGCUGCAAAGGCUGCCAGAACAGAACCUCUGACUCCAAAGACCUCAGAGUCGCCGAGUGCAAAGGCUGCCAGAAUAGAACCACUGACUCCAAAGACCUCAGAGUCGCCGAGUGCAAAGGCUGCCAGAACAGAACCUCUGACUCCUAACCACUGA